CCGGACCUCUCGUCAUUUCUCGUCGGGCUCAUUCAUUCGCUCUGGGGCGGCAGGAUUUAGAAAGGAGGCGGAGAAGAGCAGCUCGCCGCGACGGAAGAAGUUUGAACCUGCGGACUCGCCGUCCUCGACGCGUCGGCCAUCUUGUGUGCGGUUGUGGUAGCGGCGGCGGCUGCGCUUCGCCGGCUCCAGCGUUUCCUCUCCCUGUCAGAGCGGCGGCUGCUGUUGUGUGGGAAGCCGCGCCAUGUCUGCGGAGAGCCCGGAGCCCGCUUCUGCGGAGGAGCAGAAGGAAAUGGAAGACAAGGUGAUUAGCCCGGAGAAAGCUGAGGAAGCAAAGUUGAAAGCCAGAUAUCCUCAUCUGGGACAAAAGCCCGGGGGCUCAGAUUUCUUGAGGAAGAGGCUUCAGAAAGGACAAAAGUAUUUUGAUUCUGGGGAUUAUAAUAUGGCAAAAGCAAAAAUGAAGAACAAGCAGCUCCCUACCACAGCCCCGGACAAGACAGAAGUCACAGGCGACCACAUUCCUACUCCACAGGACCUUCCACAGCGAAAACCAUCUCUUGUUGCUAGCAAACUGGCUGGCUGACUUGACUCUCAGAACUGCAUGAAUCUUCUCAUUCCCUUAAUCUUUCCUUAAUAGUUAUUUCUCACUCUUUUUUUUUGUUUUCACUAAGUCAUUGACUGAUCGCUUUGCAGGUAGAGGUAGCCUGUGCUGCUAUUGUAAGAGUCCUGUUAAGAAUUAAGUUGAGUAGUCCUGGGAUAAGUUGAGAACAAUGCACUGAUUUAAAAAAAAAGGACAUGUUUUGUUAGAACAAUGUAAAGUUACUCUACUUGAAAAUGUACAUAUUACUAUUUGCUAGUGUAGGGCUGGUUCCAGCAAGUGACAUAAUACCAAGUUUGACAAUUUUUAAUGUUUCUGCUUUCCUAAGUUCACUUUAGUUACAGCAUAGUAUGUUUGUAUUGAAUACAAUUCCCCUGUUUGUGUUUCUUCCUAUGUUUUGGUUUUGUACACUAGAGGUUUUAGACCACAAGUUACUAGAAGGUAAAGCAUGUAUUAAAAAAAGAGAGAGAUGGGGCUCCGACUUAAUUUGCGUAUCUGCUCUUGAACUUGAAUGGCCUUAAACCUACUUCAGCUUUAACAAUAGAUUUUUUUACUUGGGCAAUAUUUGCCCAUUUUGGUGUAAUUCUUGUGAACCUAGUGCUUAUUGACAACUAUCUGUUGAAGCUGGUAUUCCUUUGGAUUCCGUAGCAUAGAACACGUUCUUGCAGUGAAUGAAGUGUGCCUGUGCAUUGACUGAAUUCACUUUUGUGCCAUUUCUGUAAAUAAGAUAGUUUUGCACAACUUUUGCAAAUAUCUGUUAUCUCUACAUUUAAAAAAAAAUGUGCCAACUGGAAGCACAAAUGAUUCUGUACCUUUGAAAGUCAUAAACCUCUGAGUCAGAAUUAUAUUAUUGAAAGCAACAGACCUGCAUGUAGAAGACUUGGGGGACACCUGAAGUACUAUGAUGAGCUGUCUUCACUAGUAUGCCCAUUUUUGUGUGUAUCAAUAAUAAUCUCCAGUCCUAAAAUAGAAACAUUUCAGCUAGUAUAUCUAAGCGGUAGUUUGGCUUACUUAAAGGGGAACUGAGAGAAUUAAAGGCAAAUAUAUUACACGAAGCAGCUUGUAUAGGUCACUGUGUAAGGCUAGCUGUAUUUGCUUUUCAGUAUCUUUAAAAAACUAUACCUUUUAAGACUUUGAACAAUAGGGUGCUUUGGAAUGUGUAAGUGUGGGAGAAUCUGUGUUUUUACUUAAGGUCAUUUGAUAUGUUAAGUAUGCUUACUCAAAAGUAGUGUGGUCAGAAAGAAUUCUAACUGGUUUCAUUUGGAUUGGGAAGUAUUUUCAGGUGAUACUUAAGAAUUUCACAUAUGCUACAGUGACAAACUAAUUCCUUGAUUCAGAUGAAAACAAUUAGAAAUGUUUUUGUCAAUGUAUAUUAUAAGUAGAUAUUCCAGGAGGGACUAUUUCUGAAAGGUGACCUGUUUCAGAUUAAAGCAGUUGGCUAAAAUUGAUAUUUAACUAACUUGUUCAUAAAAACCAGUUAAUGUUAAGGAUGGUAUUAAAAGAAUUUCAGAUUGUUUUUACCAAGCAUUUUCACUCUGAGGGGAAUCCGUCAGACUGUAGCUUCAACUUCCACAAAGAGCAUAUAGCAAGAGGGGCCAUAUAAAAGAUAGAAAUCUUCCUUUAAGAAGCAAAUUAAAAUCAAUAUGGGUAAUUACUAUGUUAAAGCUCCAGCCUGUAAUACUAAGUAUUGUAACUAAAAGCCCUGAUUUUCAAAGGUACUGAGCAUUUCUAUCUCCUAUUGACUUCACCCCCUCUCUUAAAAAUAAAUAUUGUUUCUAUACCAAGAAUAGACAUGGUAUAAUGUAAGGGUGAUAGAUUUAGAUAUAUUCAAAAUUAAUGUCACUUGUGCAGGGGCUAUUUUGUUGUUGGCCUGUCUUACAAGGAAGAUGCCUUUAAAUUCUUGGACAUACCAACUUUUGUCCAUGGGUAAUAAUUCAGUAGGCCUGAUUCUUACUGCAUCUCUCUGUAGCAUUUAAGUGUGAUCUUCUUAACUGCAGUUGACAACUACGUACUUUACACUUUGCUUUUAAAAACCACAGAGGGGAGAACGAUCCCAUUUACUGAAUAAGGAGCAAGGUGACAAUAAAUGGGUUUCCUUGGAAGAUCGUCUAAACAACCCAUCACUUUAUUUUUGUAUGAGUAGUGAUUAAAUGCAAAAUCUGGGCUUUGUAUGAAUUGAACUACUGUGGCCUAAACCUGGUGAUUCUUACUACAGAAAAUGACUCUGUUUUCUGGUUGCUGCUGCUGUACAGCAGUUAGUCAGGUUGAAUUAGUAUGAUGUCUAGGGAGAUAUAAAUAGCCAUGUAAACCUAAACAUUCCUUCCCCCCAAGUUAGUUUGUGAUUUUGCAUUUUUUAUUCCUCUCUGCAAACUGUCCAUUUCCCAUCACUGAAUUAAAAUGUUAAGGCUGUAAGGAAAACAUACAUGGAUUUGUAAGGAACUUACAGAAACAACUAGUCUGAUCCAGUGGUGAACCUGAAUCUCUGGAUGAACCUCAACAACUGAAGAUUGCUCGGUCAUCUGCACUGUUAAGGAUUCAAGGAAGUAGAUCAACAAUCAUUUUAGUAGAAGAUCAAACUGUGAUGACUUAACAACUUUCAGCUUACUACAUCAUGAUAAAGCUGUAAAGCUUGUGUACAUACUGUAUAAAUAUGAGUUUACCAUUUGAUAAAUUACUUUUUCAGAGAUCUAUCUGCACUAUAGUCGGGCAAUCUCUCAGCGUUAUGCAGUGAUGAGUAGUGCUUAAGUAUGUCUAUAAUGAAGACAGUAUCUAGUAGUGCCCCCCCCUUGAACCUUCCCCAUUAGUUAUUAGUGAAUUAAAUCAAGUGAUUCAUAAAUAUCCCUCCCCUUACUGCUGUCCCACCCAUUCAUGACUCAUAGCUAGAGGAGAGUGUUUGUGCAGAGGCCACAAAAGAACUGUUUGGUUUGCCAUGUUGUCCCUUAAUGCAUUCCUGAUGCUGAAGUGAUGAAAAUUUCAAUUGCUCCUUACCAACACACACUGUAUAGUAUGCAUAAUAAAUUCAUCUAAUUAGUUUUCA